AUGGAGAAUGGCGACAAUACAGAUCGCCGCAUAGCAGAAUUUCGGCGCAACCUCCAGGCAUACGAAGAGAUGUCCCAUCAGAACAAUACUUCCGAUCCUGAUUCUGGCUACCGCACUGCUACCCCUGAGCCCGCCGCCUUUAUCGCUGAUCCUGAGUCUCCUCAUCUGGUCCCUAGCCCGCGUCUGCAUCCAAACAUUACGACGCGUGCUCGCAACCGCAAUGGUCGCCGUCUCAGCGAUCUGUUCGGCAUCUCUCAUCGUGGUCGUCAUGUUCGAACGCCCACUUUUGAUCACGACAACAGACCUAAGAUUUCGAGACCCAUUGUUGAUCAAGGAGAGAUUGGCGUUCCUAAUGACGGACCGUACAUCUACAAUCAUCCCAGCCGACCUCGGCUCGAUGUUGAGAUCCCACGAAGCAGUUUCAGCGAUCUCUGGGGCCAGAGAUAUGGUCCUAUUUGUGACGAUGGCUACGAUGUUGACCACGUCCAACGUGAUGGCAGGAACACUCAAAGCAUGGACUUUGGUCGCCUUGUUGGUGGCCGAGAGAACUACAGACAUGAUACCAGGAGACAUGGUGUCAGUCUUGGUGGCAUCGCUGAUUGGAAUGCUUUCGUCACGGCCAAUCGUGCAUCUGGAUCACCAGUGAGCCCUGAAGGCGAGGCAGCAAACACAGAUGCAGAAGUCAAUGCUAUGGACGUAUCGUAUCUGGCACCCCUGGUAUCCCCGACUCCUGCGUCUUCUUCGGCGUCCUUCAACACAGCAUCAGCCUCACUUCCAUCUAUCUCAAACUUGCCGCCUCUACCACCAUCAACAGUCGCUUUGAACGACCCCAACCUCGCACCCGAACCAGAAGAAGCGCCCACCCGCGCACCCACCCCUCUAAGUCGCGAACCAAGUGAACGCUGGGUACAUUCCCCCCUCCCUUCUUGUCCUCCUUUCUUCAACUCCCAAGCUAACCAAUCUACAGNNAUCCGCCACCCUUUGCGCCAAAACCCACCAACCCACCAUCUACCUCUGCCACCUCCACCCCCUUCCUCGCCAAUCCUGCAUCCAUCUACUCCAUCGCCUGUCCCCCACUGGCUCAGCUUGCAGCACUUCCGUCCUUCUUGCGGAGUCGUGAUUGCCAAUCUCGGCACUACAGCAAUGGUGCAGCCUUUUAUCGUUGCUCCUGGCGACGAUGACAGUUUCGUCUCUGCCAACGAUGAGAGUUUUAGUUUUGUUGAUGAUGGUGGGUUUGGAGCUGAUGAGGAGGUUGUGCAUGUGAGAGAGGAUACACCUCCGCCUGUGCAGAGAAGGCUUUUUGUUGAUGGUGCUGCUGCUUCUCCUUCGCAACCUCAUCAGCGCAGACGUUCUGGAAGUAGAGGAAGUGGAGGUUUGAGAUCUCUUUGCUGUGGACUGUUUACUCGUCGCCGCUCUCGUUCUCACGUCGAUGGCACCUCUACCGCACACCUAACUUCGACUUCAACUCAACAACCUGCUCCAACGACACAACCCCGUGUUCCCAUAUCUCACACCACUAUCCCCGAAGAAGACGAAGAAGAUGAGCAAGAAGACAACGAUCAGGAAAACCAACCCCCUACCAUCAUCGAGACUUUGGUUGAAUCAACCCACGAACACGUCUCUGAGAACGAACAAGAGCAAGAGCAAGAGAUGGAACAGGCAGAAUUUGGUGUCACCAGCAGAAGACACUCUUUGCGCCACAGUUGGGUCACUGUGUCUAGAUGGUUGGAGUAG